UGGCAUAGACAUUCCAGGAAUGAUUAUUCCAGUCCAAACACAAACAAAAUUUUCAGCUUUGCCUUGACUUCUUGGCUGGCAGUGGGGCGAUAGUUAGGGAAAAGAGCAACAGCAGCAGCAUGCCUGACCAGGAGGAGAAAAAGUCGGAGAGCAACGAAAACAUACCCAACGCACGACCCACUAAUGCAGCCACCGAAUAUGGGCUGGAGGACCAUGUGGCCACACAGCAGGAUCCGCGUGUGUUGGCACUGAAAAAGGCGGAAGAAGCGCGGCGACUUUCGACGCAGAGUGGCGGUGCCGUCAGGCAGAAUAGACCACAAGUUGUGUCUCCGCCACAAACAGAUCCUCCAUCUGCAUCCAAGACAACACCUCAAUCUGAAUCUGCUUCUGUGACCCCGCCCGAAUCUCCAUCGAAGCCCAUGCUUCGUUCACAUCAAUCCUGGACCGAGCGAAAGCCCCAGUCAGAGGACCAACCCUACAAUGCUGCCACGGACUUUGGAUUGGAGGAGGCAAAGGCCACAAGACAGGAUCCCAGGGUGGAGCGCAUCUUGAUCUCCGAGCGUAAGCCAAGGGAGACCAAACAAACACCAACGGCGGCUGCAUCGAGAUCUCAGCUGCCAUCAGAGGAGAAUUUCCAGGCGUCGCAGGCUGCAGCGGAGCCUUCCACACCCAUGGUACCAAAAGAAGCUGCGAUACCUCCAGCGCCACCCAAGCCAGUGGAAGUGAAGGCUGCUCCGAAGCAAGAAGAAGCCAAAAUACCUCCACCACCUCCGCGGCCGGAGGACGUGCGUAUGCCGCCGCCCACCAUGUACAGCAGUGGGUGUGUCACGGGUGCCUGUACUCUGCCAGCAAGAACACGAAAUGGACGAGGGAGACAAGAGUGCCAUGAGGACUGCGGCCUGCCAUGCAGGAAUCCCAAUCAGGCGGAUGUAUGGAAGGACCCAGAAGAUGAUGAUGGCAACACCAAGAGGAUCAACACCGACUACACCGUCGACCCGGCGAAGGAGUUUACGCGGGCAAGGACGAGUACUGAAGACAGUGAUCGGCAUGAUACGCCCGUGAUCAUCACACCUCCUGCUCAUGUUAACCUCCCCGCACCCGUCCCCGAGCCUGUAGCCGUGCCCGCCCCUGUCCCCGUCCCCGCGCCUGUCCCCGUUCCCACACGAGACCCCUCAGAUGAGAGUGAAAAGGUUACCAGUGGAAGUACUCGAGUGGCUACUGACGGAGAUACCACAGAACCCACUGCCAGUGAUUCACCGACGACAAAGAAGCCCCUCCUGGAGGAUACAACAGAAAGUGAGAGUAGUUCACCGUUGAUAAUACCACCCGAAACGGAUGAAGAAGUAGCUAGUGGCAGUAAACCCGCGCCGACAGCGCCACCCACUGUGGAGGAGCUGUUCCGUGAGGCCAGCAAACAGGUGAGGGCGGCGGGUGCCAUGGCCCUGGAGGCGAACAAGGUGAGGCAAGAGUACACAACGAAACAACACGAGCACGACAUCCUCACCAGCACCGACAAAGCGGUGGAGGAUAAAUUCAUAAAAGAGAUGAGCGCGCGGUAUCCAACUCACCAAUUCAUUGGUGAGGAGGCAAUUUCCAAGACAGAGACAGGCCAGGUGGAGCUCACCGAUGAGCCAACUUGGAUCAUCGAUCCCAUUGAUGGUACCAUGAACUAUGUGCAUCGCUUUCCCUACUACUGCAUCUCCGUGGCGCUGGUGUUGAAUAAGCGAACCGAGUUCGGAAUUAUUUACAAUCCUCCCAUGGAUGAAAUGUACACGGCUCACCGGGGGAAGGGCGCUUUCCUCAAUGGCGAGCCCAUCAAGACCAGCGGGCAGCAAAAUCUGGAGCAGGCGCUGGUCCUGCAGGAGUAUAGCACGGGAAUAAACGAGGACCGCAAUACGGUGGUCCUUGGCAAUGCCAAGAGGCUGCUCAAGAAGACCCACGCCAUGCGCUCCAUUGGCUCCUCGGCUAUGGGUUUGGCCAUGGUGGCCUCGGGCGUGGCCGAUGCAUUCUACUACUUUGGGCUGCACAUCUGGGAUAUGGCAGCGGGCGUGAUCCUGGUCCAGGAAGCCGGUGGAGUCGUUAUUGAUCCUGCCGGCGGUGAGCUGGACAUCAUGUCCCGACGCUGUCUGGCAGCCGCUUCCAUGCCCUUGGCCUUGGAAUUGUCCGAGCAGUUGGACCAAAAUUAUCCCUCACCACGCGACGAUCAGCCAGUCAGAGCACCGAAAGUCGAGACGAAAGAUUUCUUCUCACAAACUGACUUUAGCGACUCAUCCGAUUCCCUAACAACGGAAAAUAAUAGUACGCCGACACAUCAAAAACCACCAGUGUCUGCUAACCAAGAAGUCUAAACCAAUAAAUUGUCAAUUAAAAUCGAAUU